AAUUACCUCUCUGUUAGAAGUCGGUUUCAGAGCGGUGGAACCGCGGGCGGGAAAAAGCCCAGGCGCUGUCUCGGGUGCCCCUUCGCGUCAGCCAUCCUCUGGUCUCUCGGGUCUCCGAAGCUCGGGGCUAACUGGGCGCGAACCGCUGAGCCCGCCUACCAACCAGGCCCUUUCUCCCGCCCCUCUGCGGCUGAAACCCUCAAGGGGUUGCAGGUUCAGCUUUCACUUAGAGACAGCAACUCCAAAUUCAGGGUCGCUGGGGAAACUAAGGCAGGACUGGGGACUCUGAGAGGUCAGACGCUGGUCGCGGACUCUUUCUCCCGAGAACUGGGGAUAGCUCUUCCGAUAGCCCAAAGCGAUUCAUGCGGAUCCUAGAAGAAAGCGUCGAGGUCCGGGCGGUUGGCCGAGGAGGUGGCGGUGGUGGCCCUCGCCUGUGGCCCCCGUGCUGCUUGCACUCGAACUCGUCGCCAUGGAGGAGCUCCAGGAGCCUCUGAGAGGACAGCUCCGGCUCUGCUUCACGCAAGCUGCCCGGACUAGCCUCUUACUGCUCAGGCUCAACGACGCUGCCCUGCGGGCGUUGCAAGAGUGUCAGCGGCAACAGGUACGGCCGGUGAUUGCUUUCCAAGGCCACCGAGGGUAUCUGAGACUCCCAGGCCCUGGUUGGUCCUGCCUCUUCUCCUUCAUAGUGUCCCAGUGUUGCCAGGAGGGCGCUGGUGGUAGCUUGGACCUUGUGUGCCAACGCUUCCUCAGGUCUGGGCCUAACAGCCUCCACUGCCUGGGCUCACUCAGGGAGCGCCUCAUUAUUUGCGCAGCCAUGGAUUCUAUCCCAGCCCCAUCAUCAGUUCAGGGACACAACCUGACUGAAGAUGCCAGACAUCCUGAGAGUUGGCAGAACACAGGAGGCUAUUCUGAAGGAGAUGCAGUAUCACAGCCACAGAUGGCACUAGAGGAGGUGUCAGUGUCAGAUCCACUGGCAAGCAACCAAGGACAGUCACUCCCAGGAUCCUCAAGGGAGCACAUGGCACAGUGGGAAGUGAGAAACCAGACCCAUGUUCCAAACAGAGAACCUGUUCAGGCACUGCCUUCCUCUGCCAGCCGGAAACGUCUGGACAAGAAACGUUCAGUGCCUGUAGCCACUGUAGAACUAGAAGAAAAGAGGUUCAGAACUCUGCCUUUAGCGCCAAGCCCCCUACAAGGCCUGACCAAUCAGGAUUUACAAGAGGGAGAAGAUUGGGAGCAAGAAGAUGAGGACAUGGACCCCAGAUUAGAACACAGUUCCUCAGUUCAAGAAGAUUCUGAAUCCCCAAGUCCUGAAGAUAUACCAGACUACCUCCUGCAAUACAGGGCCAUCCACAGUGCAGAACAGCAACAUGCCUAUGAGCAGGACUUUGAGACAGAUUAUGCUGAAUACCGCAUCCUGCAUGCCCGUGUUGGGACUGCAAGCCAAAGGUUCAUAGAGCUGGGAGCAGAGAUUAAAAGAGUUCGGCGAGGAACUCCAGAAUACAAGGUCCUGGAAGACAAGAUAAUCCAGGAAUAUAAAAAGUUCAGGAAGCAGUACCCAAGUUACAGAGAAGAAAAGCGUCGCUGUGAAUACCUUCACCAGAAAUUGUCCCACAUUAAAGGUCUCAUCCUGGAGUUUGAGGAAAAGAACAGGGGCAGCUGAAGUUAUCAAGGGAAUUUUUGAGCCUCUGCUUAGUGAAACACAAAGGAACAAAGCAGCUAUAAACUAAAUAGAAUGCAACUAUCUGCUUUUCUUAUGCUGACCACUGGAGUCCAUGGUGGCAAGUAGAGAGCUGCUCUAGGUUCUUGAGGUUUGGUUUUCAUUAUUAACUUUUAGGGUAUGGGCACUGUGCAAAGACUCCAUAGCUGUGCCUAGGAGUCUAGGAAAAGUGACAGAGGCUUGGCUUUUUUACCUUUAGUUCAGCCAAGUCAUUUUCAAGUCCUGAGAAAUGACAUCAUCUUCAGGAUAAAAUAAUGAGGACAUUAGACAAACCAAACUAAGUGAAUUUUAGCCUGGUAGCCUCCCUAAGGAAACAGUAAUAAUAACUUCUGAUAAGAGUUAAAAGAACUUGUAGCAUACCUGGAUAUAAUGGGAAAGGGCCUGGGUGUUACCCAUGUACUGAAAAUGAACUGUUACCAACAUGGCUAAAAAAUUAAAACUGA